GCCCGCUCACCCCGCKGAGGAGGAGCAGCGGCGGCCGCGCCGUGCGGAGCCCGACAAGGACGCGGCAAGGGCGGUCGGGAGGCGCUCCGUGGUCAUGGCCACCUCCAAACCCCUGUCCCGCUUCUGGGAGUGGGGCAAGAACAUCGUGUGCGUGGGGCGCAACUACGCCGAGCACGCCAAGGAGAUGGGCAGCGCCCUGCCCGCCGAGCCGCUCUUCUUCCUCAAGCCCUCCUCGGCCUACGUGCGGGAGGGGUCCCCCAUCCUGCGGCCCUACUACUGCCGGAACCUGCACCACGAGGUGGAGCUGGGGGUGGUCAUCGGGAAAAGGGCCCGGGCCGUGUCGCAGGAGGCGGCCAUGGAGCACGUGGCGGGCUAUGCCCUGUGUUUGGACAUGACAGCCCGGGACACGCAGGAGGACUGCAAAAAGAAGGGGCUGCCCUGGACCUUGGCCAAGGGAUUUGGCUCAUCCUGCCCGGUCAGCGACUUCGUGCCCAAGGAGAAGAUCCCAGACCCCCACAAGCUGCAGAUUUGGCUCAAGGUGAACGGAAAGCUGAGGCAGGAGGGGGACACCUCCUCCAUGAUCUUCUCCAUCCCUUAUCUGAUCAGCUACAUCAGCGAGAUAAUCCCCCUGGAAGAGGGGGACCUGAUUCUGACAGGGUCGCCCAAAGGCGUUGGGUCYGUGGAGGCCAACGAUGAGAUUGAGGCUGGCAUCAGGGACGUGCUGUCCAUGAGGUUUAAGGUGGCACAGCAGACACGGGGAUCCUAAUGCAUGGAUCCAGCCAGGAGCCUGCCUGGCAUGAGGACAUCUGGAAACACUUCCACAGCCCCAAGUGCUCGAUGGACUGCCACRCAUCAAGGAAUGGAAUCCAUGAGCCCAAAAAGAGUCUGACUGACACAGCCCCAUUUCCAUGGAGGCUUCAGCAAACCUGGGAUGCAGCCAGCCUGGAGCAGGUGGAGCUCAGAAGCUCCAGAGUCCAAAAUUUAAUUCCAAAACCAUACUUGGGAACUGGAGACAGUAUGCCCGGUAGCCAGGGAGCGGGGUGRGGCUGGUCAUCAUUCUGUGUGUGCUUCUCUUCUGCUGAAUCUUUGAGCUUUGCCAGUGUAUUGUCUUAAAAUAAAAAUUAUCAAUCAACUAAAAAUUAAAAUGAUGAUGUAGGAGCUAAAGCUCAGCCAUAUUGUGGGAAAUCAAAGGGAUAUGUAUAGAUGUGCAACCCUAAAUCAAGAAUUGCAGCUUCACCAAGAGUUUCCUCUAAAAGAGAAGGAUGUUUGAUUUUUUGAUUAGUUUUGUGAUUCCUCCCUGCUUUUUUCAAACAUACAAAUUAAAGGAGGAUGUCUUUUCCCCUCACUCCAAGGGGCGACUGCAGCAGGAAGUGUGCCAGAUGUUUGGCAGAUUGUUUUUUGACUAAACUGAGCCUCAAAUAUAUUUUCUAAAAGUGAAAUAAUGCAAAAAGAUCAAGAAUAAAGAAGCAUAUGGGUAAAGAUCA